UGAUGCAGGUGUAAACAGUGGUGCACUAUCUGGCCGCCCGGACGUGUCAAGGGAAGUGUCCGUGAACCCCAUGCCUCACGCAGCAGCAGGUGUUUAAACAGCUGGUUGGGUGUUGGGGAUUAUCCCAUGGCUUUUCAUUAACUUGUAGAUUGAGUUUCGUCCAAGGGAAUGUAUGGUAUUUGUCUUGAGACAGGAGUUGUAACUAGCAAGAUGAAGGCAUGAUUACACAAAGUAUGACAGGUGGAUUUGAAAAUUUUGACUGCAUAUUUAGUAUACUAUAAAAUUUAUAUCCUUAUAGAAUUGUUUUUAACAAGUACUGUACACGAUGCAUUCUUCUUCAUUUCCACACAUCGAAGUGACAAGGAAGUCAAAAUUUAAAUUCACAUCUGAUCGGAUGAGUGGACUAAGUCUUGAAGAAUAUGACUUACUUGGAGAUUCAAAGUACCGUGCUUAUGUGGCAUCGGUUGAUAAGACAUUGCGUAACUUUGAAAAUACUAGUGAAUGGGCAGAUCUUAUAUCAACACUGGGAAAACUUAAUAAGGUGUUACUCUCCCACAUGAAAUAUCCUGUAGUUCCACGACGUAUAACCAUCAGCAAGCGAUUAGCACAGUGUAUGCAUCCUGCUUUGCCAUCAGGAGUUCACUUGAAAGCCCUUGAAACUUAUGAUAUUAUCUUCAAAUGUAUGGGUACAAAUCGCCUCUCACAAGAACUAUUUAUAUACAGUGCAGGUUUAUUUCCUCUCUUCAGUAGUGCUGCGAUGAAUGUAAGGUCAGCACUUUUGACAGUGUAUGAGACUCGCUUUGUCCCUUUAGGCCCCAGGUUGAGACCAGGAUUAAACGGUUUCUUAUCAGGCAUUCUUGCUGGACUGGAGGAAGGCUCAGAUCAUCUUGAGAGGACAUCUCAGCUGCUUUCAAGAGUUGCUGAGGGUGUAGGUCAAGCAGAGUUCUUUGGCUGCCUUUGGGACUGUGUGUGGGGCAAUUCCGGGGUUCGUCUUCCUGCCAUCUCUCACAUCAUGGCAUGUUACAACAAAAAGCUUUCAACAGAAGAUCAACUUUACAUCCUUGGCACCAAUAUUGAUAUCACUGUGUCAGCACUCUGUCAGGCCAUGGAGGAUUCGAGUGUUAUGGUGCAGCGUGCAGCACUUGAUCUUACCCUGGCUGCGCUUCCCAUGCACAACACUCAGCUAUUACAACCUGAUUUAGUCAGAAUUGUUACAUCAGCUAUAUUAGUGCUGCUAAGAAGAGAUAUGUCUUUAAACAGGCGAUUGUACGCAUGGCUACUGGGCUCUGAAAUCAAUCUUUCCCUCCUGUCAUCAGAACACCCUGUUGUAAAGCGCCUCAACAGUGCCAUGAGUGAUACAAAUACUGAAGAUGGGGCUGAGAUCAAUGCCUAUUUUGAAACUUUUUCCAGGCCUUUGCUAGUAGAAGGCAUUAUUGCAUGCUUGAGAGCCAGUCAAGGAACAAACCCACCAGAUCUGCGGCCUUACAGGCUUAUUGUUUCACUGUUAGAUAAACCAGAGAUUGGUCCAUAUAUUUUGGAUAAUAUAUUCUUGGAUUUGUUAAGGUGCUUAUACCACACAUGUCAAGUCUUACAAAUUUCAAAUGAGAUGCCAGCAGAGUCUAGCAGUAGACGUCAAAGCACCAUAGACAAGCAAAAUUCUACACUGCCAUUAACUCAAGAUGGCGCUAAAGUUCCCUAUGAGGGUAACCGAGGGUUUCAUGAAAUUACAAAAACAGCUACCUUACUCUUCAGUGCUUUGCAACCUUCUUAUCCAUGGAUGCAUCUCACAGGCCUUCUUAGUCAAGCCUGUCUACUUAAAGCAACAUCUGGAAAUAAAAUGGAAGAGGAAAAGAGACAUAAUGAUAUUGAUUAUUUUUCAUUUGUGAAAGCAGUGGGAAAUGUGCAAACGAGUGUAUGUGAAGUGUGUACUCUGCUGCAGCAUUUGCUAACUUCACUUCCUUUAGAUACCCAGCAGCAGACUCAAGCCUCUAGAUUACCAGAGGUACUCUCCUCGGUAACUUCUCUCCUUACUGAACAUCUCACAGUUCUGAAUGCCCAUGAACUUUCAGUGGGACUUUCCCUUUGUCAGUCUAUUUUGCACAAACUUAUUCCUUCGGUCACUCUCCCUCCAGUAUCUAACCUUUCUCGGCCAGAAUCACGAGCUAGCAUUGGUACUUUUGCCUCCUUGCAACUGCAUGGUCUCUCACAAGUGACAACAGUCACACGAUCCCUGGUUGUCCCAGAAGCUGCUGCUCGAGAGAGUCCUCCUACUGAAAGUGGCAUUGUUCAGAUUGGCAUUGAAGCAAAUGAACUAGAUGUGAGUCAGAGUGAAGAAAACCAAAAUUUGGGACACAGUUCAGGUACUUCUGUAACAAGGGAUAGUAGUAGUAGUAGUAAUAUAAAUGAGAACUUAACUGAUGUGGAGGCAGAAACCUCAUUUAUAUCUAAUUGUUCUAAAUUGUUAGCAAAUGACAUUAAAAAAUCUGAGAUGGAAAUUGAAAGUGAUACUGGAAAGAGUAAAGAACCUGGUAUUGAUGAAAAUGACUUUAUGAAUGAUGAUAUAUUUAGCAUGAAUCCUAAUGAUCCUGUUGACUUGUUUGAGAUAAAUGAAAUGCAAAAUAUUGAUAGAACAGAGAGUAAAUUUCUUGAGGAUUAUAAAGUGCUAAUUGGCAGAGAGGAGGACAUGGGAGGGGUAGCUGCACACCAGGAACUUUCUAGGAUACAAGUAUCCCAAGAGGCAAGUGAAGAUGAAUAUGAGAGUGCUCCACAAAGCCCUAACCAUCAUGCUUCCUCUCCUAUACAUAACUAUGUGAAAGAUUUUGAAAAAUUCUUUCUUGAAUUCAUUCAGAAAAAAAUAAUAUCCAAUAAGUCAUCUAUUGUGGACUUUCAAAAUGUGUUGUAUAGGUCUGAUAUGUUUGGUAUAGACAGCUUGUCUGAAUUGAAGUAUUUACUGAAAGAAUGUUUACAAUGUUGUGAAGCUGAAUGUGGCUCAAAGGAAUCUCCAGUGGUAGGAAAACAACGAUCAUUACUGUUACCUUCACAGAAAAUUUGUUCAACAUUGUCACGGUCAACCUCGCCUGUUAAUUCAAAUAGCAAGAAUGAAAAUAUUGAUUUUUCAUCUUUUCUUCAGUUAGACCCAAAAUCAAAUGAGCAGCUAAGAGUUUUUAAGGUGUCUUGUAAUAUUCUUGUUGACCUUUCAUCACUUCCUACAACCCCAGGAUUGGCACUCACCCGGCCAAGUGCCAACAUUCCGCAGUGGCUUGUUGGGCUCUUAGCAUGCGUUGUUUGUGGAAACCAGGUCUCUCCAGAAUUUACUUUAACUUCUGUAUCUACCCUGUUGGAGCUUGUAAUGUUGGCUCAAUCAGAGCUCUCCGUGUGGCAAAAUGAAUCGGCACUAGGAGGAGAUGGAGACGCUGGAGUGGUGACAGUCAACAUUACGCCGUUACUUCUUCCAACACACACACACAUUCUGUUGUACCAUACGCUGGUGUAUCAGCACACGGCACGACAACUGUGGAGUUACCUGAGACCCAAUACGAGUCAUUUCCAUGUAACCAGUACAGAAUUGCUAAUUCAGUUGCAUAAUUUGACACUACCUCAUGGCUCCAGUGCAACUCUAACAUCUGCUCCGCCACAGUCAUCAAUUUCCAUUGUUGAGAGGCAAAUUCUUCUUGCUUUGACUUGUCCAGUUCAGAUUUCUUCUGCCAGGGAAAAGAUUGGGGUUGUAUGGAGUCAUGAAGGCAUUAGGGCAGAAUACAACAGCAAAUCCAUGCAGCAGUGGAUGACCUUGUGGCAGGUGUCUCGUACUCUUUCGUCUGGCUUCUCAGGAAAACGUCCGGGGUUUGAUAGAUGUUUGUUUUUAAUGGUUGAACGUUUACGUGGGGACAGUGGCAUUGAACGUAGCCUUGCCCAUGCUUGGCUUGCCACGGCUUUGCAACGUAGUGACACUGCUCGAUUAAUUGAUCCAAUUCUAGUUCUGCUGCUUCAUCCUCACACUCGUAGAGUUAGUGUGCAACAUGUUAAUAUUGAGAAAUUACCACCUACACAACAAUGCCAGGGAAACAAAUGUAUCAUAGAAGAAUCCCAGAUAUAUGCUAUUAGUUCUGAAGGUGGAGAGGUCAUGUAUCACGUGAGCAAAGAAGGAAGACAACCUCAGACUAGAGGAAAGCCAAUAUCUACACCAGCUAAGCACAUAUUAGCCUUCACAUCUAUAUCCAAAGAUAGCAAGAGAGUAGUUACUCACCAUGCUGAUUUUACUGAGUUUGAAUUGCCAUCUAGUCAUGAGCAGCCACAGUUGCAGUCAUCUAUUUCUCUUAUGGUAAACCCUUUCAUGCAGCAUCCAUGGAUAGAUAUGGAAGAUCUUGCCAAAAUGAAUAAACCACUAAAUCUUUCUAAUGCAGUCCGGAUACAAAAUGGAAAUUAUCAGAAAUCACCUACAACUAAUUUUCAAGAUGACUUAAACAGUGAUGCUUCACCAGCUAGAUUUCAUGAUGAUGAUGAUACUGAAGAUGAUGAUGAUGAAGAGUGGACACCAGCAAAGAUGAUCAAAAGUAUUUUGGAGGAUGUGAUAGAUGCGGUAGUAAACUCCCAUCAUAAAUAUCCCGAGAGUGAUGGUUCUAGUGAACAGGACACAAUAUCUCAAUCAAUUACAAGUGAUGGAAAUAUUCCUGAGUUAACUAGACAUCCAUUCCAUUCUCAUAUGCUUUUGUAUAUGCAGGUUGUUGACAGUGGACAGUGCCUAAAUGGUUUGUUGUUAAUUCGUAAUAUUAUUGAAGCGCAGCCUAAAAAUUCCCUCUUGGCCCUUGCAUCAACAAGCAUUAAUACAUUGCAGUCAACAUCACCAUUGAUAAUAUUAUUGGCAAGACAUCGUCGCUCUGUUUUUGGCGAUGGAUUUGAUGGUGGAAAUGUGACUGAUAUGGUGAGUCAAUUUCGGUCUACUAUGUAUCUGCAAGUAGUAAUCACUGUGUGCCUUUAUUACCUGCGCUCAUACUACCCAUGCCUUCCACACUUGCGACUAAGAGAUGAACACUUGCAAGAUAACCAGGAAGUCCAGGUAGCAUCAGCAGAAGUUCUCAUUCUUAUUUUCACUCACUUGUCCCCUUUAGUGACUGAUUCACCUCGUGGUUUUACACCAUAUAUCACUGAUUUGCUAAGUAAGUGUAAAGUGCAGAAAUGUGUGCUGCAUUGCUUACUUUCCACUGUACAUGCAAUGACCUCCACUGGAGCAGCAGUAUCUUCAGAACAAAAACUAUGUGUAAACCAGGAGACACGUACCUUCACAGAAGAAGUUCUUGAUUAUAACUGUGGCUACCCAGGCCAGUCGGGUACCAUUCCACAUCAAGAAACCUAUUUAGCCAGAAUCAUUGACCUUACUCUUGCUUUAGUUCGCCUAGAAGAUACCCUGGCAACUGACCGUGCUGAUAGCGGAGGGAUCCGUGAUCCACCAAGUGUUAGUAUGAAAUAUUCCGGAUUCAGUGCUACCAAAUAUCAACCAGGACAACCAAUUCCAGCACAACCUAUGUUUAUGGAGGUGCUGACUGUUGCUCUGAAACAGCAUCAUUUACGCCACCUUCAUGGAUCAUGGCUACAUUUGUUUACAGCUGCAUUACCUCAUAUGGGUCCAUCACUGCCUAAUAACAGCCUACGUGUAACAUAUUUAGUAUGUGAACUACUGGAGUGCAUGGCUCAUUACUACUUUCCUGGUGCUCCAUCUCCACAGGCACCUCCAGACUACACACUGACUUUGCUGCAGUGUCUUACUAUGACAGUUCAUUACUGUCUCCUAGACCCAACACAGUCACCAGCAUUUGGGUCUUCUUCAUCUACUUCAACAUCAGUUGUGUCUCCAACAAGUCAGAGUGCUGGACAGAUCUUGUAUAACCUUCUUCACGUCUUCUCCCCUGUAGGGGAAAUAAUGGAUGCACCUGUUGAUAGCAGUGGCUUGGAUCCACCAGCUUGUGCCCGCCACACAAUUCUCUGCCACUUGCCUCGAAUUAUUUCUUCAUUACUUUCCCUCUGGGCUGCAACAGGAGAUGAUCAGGAGUCGGCCUUCGUGUUGGGUAGUAGACGAGGAGUUAGACAGCAAAUAGUGGAACUUCUCUCACCAAUUUGCCAUCAUCAAACCCCACAUCUCCUGGCAGCUGUCAGUGUGGUGUGGCAGGGCAUUGGAAUAGCUGCAACAGAAGCUUCCAUUUCUCCCAGUAAUAAUGGCAACAACACUCAUAAUAAACAAAGUGGAGUUGGUGGUCUUCUGUGGAGUGGGUGCCCUCAGCAGCUGGCACUGGUGGAAAUGAUGGCAUUACUGCGAGUGCUGCCAUUGCACACAUUAGUAGCAACAGUCAAGCAAGUGGUUAAACAACCACCCAUUGUUGAUGGAUCAAAACAGACUCUACCUCUGGAAGUGAGUGUGCUACAGGUGUUCUAUGUGUAUGUCCAGCAGUGCCCUGGCUCCCAGCUUGGUGAGUGCUGGGGAUCACUGCUCACUAUGGUUAAGGAAGGAACAUUGUCUCUCACUCCUCCAGCACAGCUUCUUCUGCUUGCUACUCUUAAUGAGUUUGUUCAACGAGCUUCAUUGCCACAAGAGAAGAAGGAUAUAAAGGAGCUUCAGGAAGUAUCAAGUAAGUUACUGGAGUCAUGCAGUAACAUUGCUGGGUCUGGUCUUGAGCCCACCACCUGGUUAAGGAGAAACCUCACUGUGAAAGCAGAGAGCUUCCUAGAGAAAAAGGAUGGUGUAAAUGAUCCAUCGGUAUACAGUGUGGCAGCACUCAGCGUCCUUGCAGAGCUGUUAGCACCACUUUUAGAUGUUUUGUAUGUCAGUGAAGAGAAGGAUAAAGUUGUACCUCUUCUCACCAACAUAAUGGCCCAUGUUGUUCCAUAUUUACGGAACCAUACGCGCAAUAAUAUGCCAGCCUUUGCGGCAUGCUCUCAGCUCCUAUCGUCACUUUCUGGGUACCAAUAUACUGUACGAGCUUGGCGCAGAGAUGUUAUAGACCUUCUGCUAGAUUCACAAGCCUUCAUGAUGCUUCCCCCCAUACUUACAUACUGGCGAACUAUUGUUGAUUACCUUUGUACACAUGAUAAAAGUGUCUUUAAAGAGCUGUUGAGUAGAGUCUCCAUGUCUCAAGGAGGAUCACUAAAUCUUUUCUCAAGCAAAGAAUCUGAAUAUGAGACUCGUGCUGAUCUCUUAAAAAGAUUGGCAUUUACAAUUUUCUGCUCGGAGACAGAUCAGUACAUGCGUCACAUCCCAGAUAUUCAAGAACGUUUGGCAGAGGUGACCCGUUUAGGACAAGUUGUUCCAUCUCUGGUGGCCCAAGUUCUCCUGUGCUUCCGUGUAUUGUUAUUAAGGCUCUCACCUCGUGGAGUAACAUCUCUCUGGCCUGUUAUUAUAACAGAACUGGUACAAGUUUUUCUCAUGAUGGAACAAGAGUUAGCAACAGAUACAGAACAAUUCAGCAAGAAGGGGGGCAGCUCUCAUCUGAAGCGGCUUUCUACCUUGGAUUCAUCUUGGGUAUUUAGCUCUCAGAACGGUCUAAAUGCACACAACCACCCAGCCUGGCUCACCCUCUAUUUGUCAGCAUGCAAACUCUUGGAUCUCAUGCUGGCUCUUCCUGCACAGCAUUUACCACAGUUCCAAAUGUAUCGUUGGGCAUUUGUUGGUCCAAUUCCAACCUCAGACAUUGAGGAAAAGACUGAAGGAGCCGGAAGUAUUCUCCUAAAGAGCUGCGAUUUUGUGCCUCAUAUUGCUCGUAUUGCCAAGCUCAUGGCAGACAAGACUGGAAAUAAGAACACCAGAACUCUGGAUCACCAUCCUGGCCAGCUAAUGCUUACAGUAUCCAGCAUCUCAACACUUGUGGAUUUGCAGCCAUUUUUCAAUACUCUUGUGUUGCCAACCUUCACCCCUGCGGCAGCCACAAUGGGACAGGCUACUAGUGGAAGCCAUAUUCCUUUUUCUUCCUCCGUGUCAUCAUCUGGCUCGGGCCAAACUGCUGCAACUUCAUUAUCAUCCUCAAAUUUUGCUCACAUUGAAGCAGUCAUUGAAAGGGAUUUCUUAGAACCACUUCCUUCAUAACAGGUUCAUAGGUAAUUUAUAUACAAUUUCUUGCGAGAAAAUCCACAGGAGCUGUGAAGAAGAUUCGAGCUUAUGCACUGGGUAUUCCCAGACACACACUCUAAAACGACUAUGCUAUGACUGUCAUGUCGUAGUCAUUUAGAGCAUGCAUCUGGGAAUACCCAGAACGUAGGUUCGAAUCCUCAUCACGGCUUCUGUGGAUUUUCUCACUGAUAUAUCACGAUGUGAUUUCUCUGUGUAUAUAAAUUCUUACACUAUAUUUCUUGUGAUUUUAUUAGUUUAUUGAGUAAUUUCUCAUGAGUUUAAUGGACAAUAAAAGGGGUACAUGUUUAGGUUUUGACUAUCUAGGCUCCAUUCAACUAUAAUUCUCUAGGUGAAGGCAUAUUUUGAGCAUGUAGAGUUGAUAAAAUGUAAAUGAUAGAUGGUGUUAACAAAAAAAAUAAAUAUAAAUGCAAGUAUACAUUGAAUAUUUCUUAAAUGUGAAUAUAAGACUAAUGUAUUUGUAUUGGAAUAAAAAAACAUUGCUUAUUUUAUUUAAUCUUCUCUGUUUAAAUUUAUUCACACUGCAUUAAAUCCAGUAAGAUAUUGUUUUUCCUCCAAUAGCUUUGACAAUAUGGUAUAGAGGAAGCACUUUGUAGCCUUUUAAUAUGUUUUUUACUCUUGGCAGAAGGGAUAUCUAACUACCCCUUCUUAUAUAUAGCUCUUCCAAUGCCUUCAGAUUGGGCAGCUUGUGCUUGUAAACUGUUUUAUUUAGUUUAUACUACAAAUGUUCAGUCAUAUUGAGAUCUGGAGAUUACGAUGGCCAGUCAAUAAUGUAAUUUUUUUUUUUUUUGCUCCUUUGGUCAUAUGGCAUUAGAUUUGGAGGUUUGGGUGUUUAUCUUACUUAAAUAUUCAUUGGUGACCAAGCUUACCUUGGCAAAGGGAUGCAUCUUUUUGCCCCUGUUUAAUAUUCCAAUAUUCUGCACUGUACUUGGAAUAUAUUUGUUGCUCAGUUUUAAUAAGAACACCAGGACCACAGGAUGUGAAGGUGCUGCUCCAAAGCCAAACAGGCUUAUUUUGUUCUAUACCUCACAGAAAAAAUGACAUUAUUUACUUACAGGAACAUGGUUUCAUAUAUUUAUGCAGCAAAUAUUGAAUGUAGACUUGCAUUUGUUUUUGUUAAACACAAUUUCCUUUACAUUGUAUUAAGGGUAUGAAUUAAAGCCAACAUCUUAUAUGGAUACAAGUAUGAAAAAUGAUAACAUAAUGCCCUUAUUCUUGAUGAGCAUCACAAUACAUGCUAGGUAUAAUGACUUGCUAUAGUUCAGAAUGGGGUUUCAAAAGACAAUAUAAUAUAAAUUUGUUUUGUGAACUUUUUUCUAGAAGGAAAUACAAUAGGGAAAUGAUAAAUUAUUCCAAUAAUUAUAUUUCUGAAUUCAGUGUAAAUGAGAUAUUUUUUAUAUUGAAUGUAUGUUAAGGUUUAUCACAUGUAAUACAUCUCAUUAUAUAUAUUUGUGUUUUAUAAAAUAUUUUUUUGUUAUACCUCAUGUUAUAUGCAAGGCUAAAUAUGGUUCAGUUGAAGAAGUAGAUGGAGAUUUGCAUUUCUCUCAGACUGAAAGAGAAAAUGUUUAAUGAUAUUGCCUGAUGCAUUCUUUAAAUGGUAUUAUGGACUGCUUUAAGAUAAUGUAGACAGGGCAUUUGCAUGAUUUUAAAGGGAUAAUGUUAUGUCAUGGUUUUUAUUAGAACACUUAUUUAGUACUUAAGUGAGUUUGGGUGGCGCAGUGGAUGAUGUGUGCGUCACUUCGUCAAUUGAUUGAAUUCCAGUGGGUAUAGUUAGUAACUUCUUGAGGGUCCUUGAUAAGCCUAACAAGCUUAGUGUUCCUAAUAAUGGGAACGAAACCAAAAUGUGUAGGUUACAUUAAAGAUGAUUACUGUAUAUACUGUAUUAUGAAAGAAAAGUCCUAACUUUG